UAAGUCGUUGGAUAUAUAUUAGUUUCCCACUAAGAGCUUCCUUUUUUGGACCAUGUCUUGUUUUCUUUGUAAUAGACACAUAAGGCAGCAACGGUACCAAUUUUUUCUGAUGGGAAAGGAAAACGAGGAAGGCAUCUUGGGGUUGGUUCUGCAAGCACUGGAAAAUAUUGAAAUCAGGGAAAGCCUCACCUGAGCUCUUGUGGGUCAAGACAUUACUUUGGUGCCGAGUUAUCAAUGGGAAGGUCUGAUCUUGACUUUGACCGUCGGAAGACACACAUAAGCUCACAGAUGUUUUAUGCAGAUGAAACCGGGCGUAUGUACUCUCUCGAUUUGUCAACUCUCUUUGAUGACACCAGUGAAACUGUGCCAAUGGGUCCAAAGACCAUCGCUGCAGUAAGAGCAGGUGAUGAAACUUACCUGAGAGAUAUGAAUAUUGAUGUUAAGGUUGCUAUAAGCUCAGUGAAUGACCAUGGGAAUUCAAUGCUUCAUCUUGCUGCGGCUGCGGGUCACACCAGCUUAGUGUGUUAUAUACUCUAUGCCUACCCAAGUCUGCUAAUGAAGUCGAAUUCGAUGGGGGAAGUUGCUCUUCAUGUUGCAGCAGGUGCAGGUCAUCUUGCUGUUGUUGAGGCUCUGGUUAGCUUUAUUAAAGAUGUACCGUGUAAUAAGCCUGGUGUUGCCAAAAAGAUAUAUUUUGCUAAGAACAAACACCAAGACAAUGCUUUACAUGUUGCAUUAAAAAGAAAACACGUAAAGGUGGCUUCCUGUUUGGUCAGUGCAGAGCAAUGUUUAUCUUUUGUGCCAAACAACGAUGGGUUUUCUCCUUUGUAUUUAGCUGUUGAAGCUGGACAGGCCGAUCUUGCGAAACAAAUGUGGCAACAUUCAAAUAAUGGAUCAAGUAGCACAUCUACUUUAUCGUCAAAGAUGGGUGGAAGAUCCCUGGUACAUGGGGCUAUGAAGGCUAAGAGAAUAGAUAUCCUUGGUGCUAUACUUAGUGAAGAUGCAAGUCUUAUUAACAUUAGAGAUGAAGGAAGGACUUGUCUUUCAUUUGGAGCAUCCUUGGGGUAUUAUGAAGGGUUUUGCUAUCUGUUAGACAAAGCACCAGACAGUGUUUAUGCCAGCGAUAAUGAUGGGUCCUUUCCAAUUCAUAUGGCCGCGAAGUAUGGUCAUGUCAAAAUUCUCAAGGCAAUUCUUAAACGUUGUCCAGACGCACUUGAGUUGCUUGACAGAGACAGUAGAAAUAUUCUUCAUGUUGCAGCAAAAUAUGGAAAACUUCAAGUCCUCAAGUUUAUCCUAAGAUGUUAUAAGGAUAAGAACAAGGAAAAGUUGAUUAAUGAAGAAGAUGCAAAUGGAAACACACCAUUGCAUUUGGCCACCCAAAACUGGCACCCAAAAGUUGUGAGUAUGCUCACUUGGGACAACAGAGUUGACCUGAAAUCGUUGAACCAUAACGGUGUCACAGCUCUUGAUGUAGCCGAGGAAAACAUGGAUUCCAGCUACACAUUUUUUGAGAGGUUGACUUGGAUAGCUUUGAUAUCUGCUGGUGCACCAAGAAGUCCCAAACUGUUAAUAUCGAUUCCACCAGUAACACCAAACCCAGAUGGUGGAAAGUACAAAGAUCGGGUCAAUACACUUCUGUUGGUGGCCACUCUUGUAGCCACUAUGACUUUCACUGCAGGGUUUACACUACCAGGGGGCUAUAAUGGUUCUAUUCCCAACUUGGGAAUGGCAACGAUAGCCAAGAAAACAUCAUUCCAAGUGUUUCUGGUAUUCGACACCUUGGCGAUGUACUGUUCUAUUAUCACAAUAGUUACUCUCAUAUGGGCACAACUAGGCGAUCUUUCUCUCAUAAUGAAAGCCUUCAACCUUGCUUUACCACUUCUCGGGCUUGCACUUACAUCCAUGUCGAUAGCUUUUAUGGCUGGCACGUAUGCUGCAGUAAGCCACCUCCCCUUGCUUGCCUAUUUCAUAUUGGGCAUCGGCUUAGUCUUCCUCUUGGUUUUGCUGCUGAUCGUUAUUCCAUAUGUGUCUCCACAUUCUCCUACCCAACCCUUUCUUAGACACAUCUUUUACUGUCCCUAUUUACUUAUGCUUUUGGUUGCUGGUGACAACAACAACAAUGACUGAAGAAACAUAGGUACAAGAAUCAAAACCAUUUGACCUUCCAUUUGGGAUAACGACGAUGACAGCCGCUCUCUCUGUGUUGACUCUUUCCUCUAUUAUUUCGGAUUAGAGCAAAGUUUCCAAUCGUUUAUCGAUAAGGUCACCAUCACACUCAUAGCUAUUUCUCUGGACUUUGGCACAUUGGUUGAAAGUUUGAAACACUAAAGGGGUUAUAGAGUGAACGAAGAUUAUUCCCUCUACAUACGUUUUUGUGCUUGGCUUGCCAUUUUUGUAAUCUUGAGCUUUGUUUUCUAGCAAUUCUGGCGGAACAUGAUCUGUCGUUAUGUAAGACUGAAUUUGAUGUUUCUACGUGAAAUCCCUCUUACUUGGUGUGGGA